UUCAAUAUGUUUCCAAACCAGCUAUCAUUUUAAUUGAUCAGCAAAGCAUGGCACCUAACACCACAAUUCCCAUCCAAUCCACUCCCGAAAACCGUCAGGAAAACCUCCCUUUAAAACGUCAUCAUACUGCGCGCUAUUAUGCUCAUCGGGUGCGUGAAAGCCUUGCCACUCGUGUUUCGAAAAUUAUAUGCUCAGUUUUCUUAGCUUUACUUCUGUUCUUAGGGAUCGUAGCGUUCAUUCUUUGGCUUAGUUUACGUCCCCAUAGGCCAAGGUUCCAUAUGAUGAAUUUCUCUGUUUCGGGUUUAAACCAAGAAAACGGGUUAGAAAAUGCCCGGAUAGCAUUUGAUGUAACAGCUCGGAAUUCAAAUCAAAAUAUCGGGAUCUUUUAUGACGCAAUGGAUGGUACUGUGUUUUACCAAGAGAAACCUGUCGGAACAACACCGUUGCUUUUCCCUUUUUAUCAGUCUUCGAAAAAUACGACGUGGAUUCAUGGAGAAGUGGGUGGGACUAGUCUAUCCGGCGACAAUGACAAAGGAACCAAAUUUAUCAAUGAACUAGGUGGAGGAAAAGUUGUUUUCCGAUUGGAGUUAACAUCCACGAUAAGAUUUAAGGUAUCUACAUGGGAUAGUAAACGCCAUCGGAUGCAUGCUACUUGUCUUGUUGAGGUUGGCCAAGAUGGUAUGAUUUUAGCGACAUCAAAAGAGACGAGGUGUUCUGUUUAUUUUAGUUGAUCGAACUGUCAUUUUUCUUUUCCUCCAAAAUUUUAAAUAUCAUGUAUUUAAGGGUGCCAGUGUGGAUAACUAUUGAGAGAGCCACUGAUUUUAGGUGUACUAAUUGUUCAUGGUCACAUUAAGUAGCUCCAUGUUUGCCUUCUUUAUCUUCUGCUAAAUUUUCAUGUUUCAUCUCGUGUGGUUAUUUAUGAACAUUUAUAAUAUUCUGGAA